AUGGCGAGCGCAAAUCUACCAAAAAGCUUGGUGGAAGACAUCUUGUCAAGGCUUCCCGUGAAAUCUCUGAAGCGAUUCACUCUUGAUCUCAAUCGGGAAACCCCUUUUUUCAAUGAUGACAUGCAGGAACUGAACAUAUUGGGUGCCUGCAUCAACGGGGUAAUUUGCCUCUACGAUCGUCCCUUUCUGAUUUCUAAUCAACAUCCCAAUGAUGAUCUCUACCGCAUAGCCUUAUGGAAUCCAGAAAUCAGAGAAUUCAAGGUCCUUCCCACACGUCAUGUUCAUUGUCCAUCUCACGUGGACCACACAUAUGAAGGUUUUGGAUUUGGUUAUGAUCACAAAUCUAACGACUACAAGGUGGUUAGAAUCGUCUCGUUUUGGGAUGAUUCAAUUGUAGGACCAGACCGUUCUCCUCUAGUUGAGGUUUACACACUAAGUACUGAUUCUUGGAGGCAGAUUGACACCGUUUUAGAUGCUUCAAUCUUAAGCGAUCCUUGUAAAUCUGAAAUAUACUUGAAUGGAGCUUAUCAUUGUGCAGAAGAGACUGUGACGGCAAAAAACUUUGAUAUAUGGAUGAUGUAUGAAUAUGGGGUCAAGGAGUCUUGGAUCAAACAAUUUGUGGUUUUGUAUAACUUUGGUUCUGGAGAAACUAAGAAUCUUGAUGUUAGGGGGCUUCCAGACUCGUUUCAUGCAUUGCAGACUAUGACUUAUGUGGAGAGUCUAGUUUCAAUCACAAAUAGAAUUGUGUUUCAGAAUUAG